CGACGCUCGUACAGGCUCGCCAAGCGGGCCGAAAGGCAAUACACAAAGCACCAUGUGACGACGAAGGCGAGGACACCAAGGCGAUCUUGGAUGCAUCCACGCCGAUGCUCUUGUCGAUUUGUGUCGUUCGCUUUGAAAAUGGCACCGAACGUCGCAUCUCGCCGCUGUCGGCGCUGGCCAACGGCAUGCAGCAGUUUCCCGACACGAUUGCGUUGACGCUCAUGGCCAAGUGCGAUGCGUUUGGCGCACCGGUCAUGCACCGCCACAAUGAGAUGGAGGCUGACAGAGGCAUGCUGGCGCACCUCGGCGCGUGCAUCGAGCACUGCGCCAAGACAGAGAUCCUCUCGCGCGACCACGUCAUGAGCUUUUUUUCUACGAAGAAGGCUGCACUUAUUUUCUACAACAUGUGCUCGAUGGUCAACGACGCCAAGGACCUCACGCUGUACCUCGACACCAUCUGCCGGCAGACGCUGCUGCUCGACUCGAUUCCUGAGUGCCGCACGGUUUCGUCCAAAGCCCGUGGUAUGCUCGUCAAGGGCCAGAGCCACUUCCCGCACCUUGUGGAGAGGUUCGUCGUGGCGCUCGAAGAUGCCCUUUGCAACGCACUGUCCGAGGUCCGCCGCGCGGCCGGUGAUACGUUGGAUGUCUUCCAUAAGAGUAUGGACUACCGCUCGAUCGACGAGCUCACUCCACGCCUCCUCAAGCGUAUCACGUCGGUGCUUCCGUAGGUACCUCGCGCCACGCCUGCUCACGACGCCAACGGCCUUGGCCAACGUUCA